GAGGACAUCAUCGGCUCGAAUCGGCUCGUGGAGCCGAUCGAGCAAGCGGAGGCCAAGGUCGAGCAGCUGACGGAGGGGCGCCAGGAGAAGCUCAACCGCCUCCGCGUGGCCGAGCGCGAGAAGGACAACCUCGACGGCCCGCGCAAGGAGGCCGAGGCGUGGGUCAGCGCCGAGUCCGAGAGGCUGGAGUGCGGGGCGCUACUGGCGCAGUCGGAGGCCGCCCGCAGUCACGCCGGCCUCGGGGCCCUAGAGGACCAGCACAAGGUGCUCCAGGGCCACAUGCAGGAGCACAAGAAGAAGAUGGAGGGCUUCGAAAAACAGGUGACGGCGAUCGAGAAGGAGCACAACGCGCGCCUCCAGGACUACAACCAGCUCAAGGAGAAAAUGGAAAAGGCGGGUGCCACCUUCCAGGAGUUCGAGAAGAUGGACGUCAAGUACACCGAGGACAUCGCCUUCCAGCAGCAGAAGCUGGACAAGCUGAAGGCAGCGGCGGAGCAGGAGAAGGCGAACGCCAAGAAGCUGCUGGAGGACGCGGAGGACCUGAGGAACGAGGCCCCCACGCGCGAGAAGGAGCUGGAGAGCGCCAAGCGCUUCAGGGCGAGCCAGGAGGAGAAGCUCGAGAAGAUCAAGAGUGGCCUAAAGGGCAAGGCCGAGGAGCUGCGGCCCCUGAAGGAGGCGAAGGAGGCCCAGUUGGUGCCGAUUCAGAAGAAGCUCACCGAGGUCCGCAAGGUUGUCGACGUGGCGAAGACGGAGGCCGAUUUCAUACGGGAGAAGACCGAAGGGGUCGCCAAGCAGAUCGAGGAGAUCAAGGGGCAGCACGAGCAGUGCAGCGAGACGCUCAGAGCCCGACAGGAGGACGCCAAGGAGGCGUCCAAGCGGAAGACGUACUCGCUGAGGCUGGUCGGCGAGGGCAGGAAGAAGCUGGAGGCGACGAGCGCGCAGAUCGAGCAGCUCGGCCGCGAGGUCCUGGCCAUGCAAGCGAAGGCCGCGGAGGCGAAGAACCAGCACGAGGAGGAGCACGACCGCGGCAGGCUCAUCAGGUCCGUCUACGAGCAGGCCAAGGCCGGCAGGCUGAAGGGCGUGCACGGCCGGCUUGGAGAUCUCGGGACCAUCCAGAAGAAGUACGACGUGGCCGUGUCCACCGCGUGCGGUUACCUGAACGCCAUCGUGGUGGACACCACGGAGGACGCGCAGGCCGUGAUCCAGUUCUGCCGCGAGAAGGAGCUCGGGCAGUGCACGUGCAUCUGCCUGGACAAGCAGAAGCACCUGGAGGCGCAGGCGCGGCAGCCGAUCCAGACGCCCGAGGACGUGCCGCGCCUCUUCGACCUGAUCCAGCCGACCAAGGAGGAGUACCGCGUGGCAUUCUUCUUCGCCCUGGGCGCCACCCUCGUGGCCAAGGACCUGGACGAGGCCUCGCGCGUCGCCUACGGCAAGAAGCGCUGGCGGGUGGUGAGCCUCAUGGGCGGCCUCAUCGAGACCAACGGCACCAUGAGCGGUGGCGGCGGCAAGGUGCAGCGCGGCGGUAUGCGCGCCUCCCUGUGCCAGUUCAGCACGGAGGAGGUGAAGGCCUUCGAGCAGGCGUACGAGAAGGGCAGGGAGCAGGUGAGGGUGCUCAGGCAGGAGAAGGCCAGCCUCGAGGAGGCGCUCCAGCAGACGGAGAAGGAGAUCGCGGAGGCCGAGCUCCAGGAGAAGAAAUGCAGCAUGGAGGCGGCCAGCCUCCAGAAGCAGGUGGACGCCUACGGUAAGCGCCUCGCGGAGCUCAAGGUCCCGUCGCUGUCGUCCGGGGACAAGGCGAAGCUGAAGGACCUGGAUAAGCUCAUCAACAGCAGGUCCAGCGAGCUGAACAAGGUCCAGGCGGAGCACCAGGCUGUCGAGGACGAGGUGCGGAAGUUGCACGAUCAGAUCAUGAACAUCGGCGGGGAGGAGCUCAAGAACGCGACGGCGAAGGUGGAGGAAGCCACCAAAAAGUGCGAGGAGCUCCGAAAGAACAUCAAGAAGGCGCUCCUUGAUGCCGAUAAUAUGGUCAAGAAUUCCAAGGUCGCCGAAGAGUCGGCAAAGGCGUCGCUGAAGGACCAGGCCAAGACGGAAAAGGAGCUUGCCAGACUGAAGGAGGAGCACGCGAAACUCGACGACAAGGCGGAGCAGGUGCUCAACACCUACAACGAGAUCAAGGAGGAGCUCGUGCAGAAGGACGAGCUGCUGCAGAAGCUCCGCCAGAAGCGCGAGGAGGUGAUCGGCCAGGCAGCCUGCUCGCGCCACCGGCCUUCCGCGCCCCGCUUGCGGGCAACCGCCACUGCAGCCAUGGGCGAAGCGGCCGACGGCAUGCUGGUUGCCAUCGCGGAGCUCCUCAAGAAGAAGAGGAUCAGGAGCUCAGACCUCUUCCGGACCACGAGCUCCAGUGGCGACGGCCAGGCGACUGCCGAAGAGCUCCGCGCCGCGGCCUUGAGGCAGGUAGACAAAACGCAGCCGUCGGCACCCGCAUCGCGUCCCUCCAAGAGCAAGCUCAUGGAUAAGGACAAGGAGGAGUUCCGGCAAAUCUUCUGCCUCUUCAAGCAGCUGUGCCGGACUGGCUCAUCUGGGGAACCCGAGCUCGUGGAGUGGGACGAGAGCGGCAACAUAGCCGCCGACGAUCUCGAGCAGUUGUUGGAGACGGUGGGUUUGAAGCUCAGCAGUUCCGAGCUGAACGGCAUCAUCAAGGACCUCGACAAAAACAAUGACGGGACCAUCGAUUUUGAGGAAUUCUGCUCCUCGACGACGGAACAGAUCCAACUGGAUUACAGUCAAGAGGAGAUCUCUAGAGCCUUCGCGUCGUUCCAGAAGAACAGUCCCGACGGCCUGAUAAAGGUCAAGGACCUCAGAGAGGCUCUGAAGACACACAUGUACCAUGAGAUGAUCGACGCGGAGAUCAACGAACUGAUCUUCCAGUACAAGGAUUCGUUCGUAAGGCUGCCAGGCUCAGAUGAGGAGUAUCGAAAGGGUUUUUCGCUCUCUGCCGCCCACACGCUAGGCUGA